GUGAUUGCUAGACAACUUCCAAAAUCAGCAGCAGAAUAUGGCGCACUUCUGGACGAUAUCAAGAAUAAUCUGGAUCAACUGAAUAUUGUGCUGCACACAGAACUCGCUCUACUUCGCCCGUUUUUGCUUCAGGCUGUUAAGCAUGGGAUGUGCACCCCACAACACCAAUAUAUUGUCACGCAUUUUGAUGCUCUUACUGUGGAUCUUCUGGAAGGCGAACUGUCCAAUUGCAAUGUCACUGCAUUAUCGUUAGUGCGUGCGCAUUCACCUGAUACGUUGUUGCUGCUGUCAAGUCUUCGACGGGAGAAUCUCUCAUUAUCUAAUUCAUCGUUAGAUAGAGCACUGCGUGGACUGGAGCUGGAGCUGCGUAACGAUGCAGCAACGUGUGAGUCACGCUCCCAGUUCGGCAACCGCCUGAUUAAUCGGCUCACUCGAAAAACAUUUAAUGGGUCAACAGGCCCGAUUGCUUUGAACAGUAAUGGAAAACGAGUGAACUACUCAGUUAUUGUGCUGCAUCGCAAUAAGAAAGGCUUCGAAAAAUUGGGUGAAUGGCACAGCGCGACCGAAGAACUCGCAUUACUGAAACCAUCUGAGAAGGAAUCACCAAAUGAUGACACUCUGGAGAACAGAACGUUACGUAUUGCUGUUUACGUGGAGCAACCUUUUGUCAUGCUAAAGGAGAAUUUAAAUGAUAGCGUGGAUGAGAAUGACCGAUACACGGGCUACUGCAUUGAACUGCUUGAAAAAAUCGCCGAACUGCAGAAGUUUAAGUACAUACUGCACGAGGUGAAGGAUAAAACGUACGGCUCAAAGAUGAGCAAUGGCAAAUGGAAUGGGCUUGUUGGAGAGCUCAUGAGCGGGGAAGCGGAUAUAGCAGUAACAUCGCUAACAAUCAGCUAUAGUCGCAGUGAAGUGAUCGAUUUCACUGUUCCUUACAUGCACCUUGGCAUUUCAAUCCUCUAUAAGAAGCCAGCUGCUUCAGAGCCGAACUUCUUUGCUUUCCUGGCUCCGUUAAGUUCCGACGUAUGGUACAGCACUCUAGCAGCUUAUUUGCUGACAUCGUUAUCAUUGUGGCUUCUUGGACUGAUUACCCCAUAUGAGCGAGUUGGACUGGUCGGCAAGGAUGCUAUCAUUGUGCCCAAACAGUUUAAUCUUUCGAACUCGUUCUGGUUCAUUAUCAGCUCGCUUAUGCAACAGGUGAGACCCUGCAUUAUUACGAAUGAAAGAUGUAUUUUUUUGAUUUACAUAGUGUAA